AUGAACACGACGUGGUAUACCGUCGGUGGCGUCGGCGGCUUCCACCUCUUUCACCAAGUGUCGACGCUCCUCCUGGCGACCGUGAAUGCGGCGGCCACCGGGUACAUUCUCAGCACGUUCGACUACGCGCAUGCCGCGUCCGCUGCGUCCGUGGCCCUCACGCUCUUCCAGCUCUUCCUCUCGCUGCUCGUCCUCCCGGCGCUGCUCCUCGCCGCCGCCGCGCCGCUCGCGUGGUUUCCGCUCCUCGCUUCGUUCCGCGGCAGUGGCUUUUACCUCUUUGGUCUUGGGCUUCUCACGCUCUACCGCCUCGGCAAUCUGUUUGGUCUCCUCACGGGCGGUGCCUGCAUCCUCUUUGGCAUCUUUUUUGUGCUCUAUGGGCAGCUGCGACGCGAACGCGGGUCCAAGACGUACCGCGCCUUGCUUUGGACUUAG